UAUAUUGUCCGUGCCUUCAGCAGGGGUGAUUACAUGGGCCGUGUUCAGGAUGUGGGCUGGGCGACUGCAGGACUGGUGAUCUGGGCUGGUACCUGCUACUGCAUUUACAGAUUAACCAAGGGAAGAACUCAGAGUGUGAGCGGACUUGCCAGAAAUGGGUCCAGAAUCGAGACGGAGACUGUGGUUGGGGAACAGAACCAGACCUUGGCCACAAGUGAAGCCAUGGCUGGAAGAGAGGCUGAGACUAGAGUCAAGACUGAACCAGAAACUGGAGAAGGAGGUGAGCCUGUGGCUGAAGUAGACUCCAAGGACCCUGUUCUAGUUAGACCCAGUGGCAACUGUCAGGCCAAGACAAUGCUUGAGGAAGAGAUAGAGACCCAAUCUGAGUCCAGUUCAUUGGUGGAAACUGUGGUCAUGACAGAGGCAGUGACUUUGACUGAAUCCACAUCCCACGCCAAGGAAGUAACCAUGAAAGAGGCAGUUACGCAAACUGAUGCUGAGACUGAGGCAGUAGGCAAGAAAGAGGCAGUGACUCAGACCAAAGCUAAAGCUUGGGCAAUGGCUGGCAGGGCAGAGGUCAAGAAAGAAGCAAUGACCCAGACCAAAGCAGAAGCUCGUACAUUGGCUGAAAAAGAGACAGAAAUUAACAGAGUAACAGUGACACAGAGUGAGGUCUUGGCAGUGACGAAGGAAGUAGUCAAGAUUGGAACCAUGAAUGAGGCUGGAAUUGUGGCUGAAGCCACGAUAAAACCACUGGAAGAGACUGUGAGUGUGACUAGAACUCAAUCUGAGGAUAGGCUUGAUGCCACAGUUGAUACUAAGGAGAAUCCUAAUGAUAUGUCUGUCAUAGUGACUGGAGUGGACAUGAAGUCCUAUGCACAGUCUCAGGCUGUGGCCAUAAUCCAAAAUGAUGAUGUGGCUGGUGCUGAGGCUGACAACAAGGAGGAUCUCAAAAACAUGUCGAAGGCAGGGUCUGGGGUAGAUACGAAGGCUUCUGGUCAGCCUCAUAUUGCUGCCAACAUUCUGACUGAAGCUGUGCCAGGGGCAAAGAAUGAUGCUUGGGACCAUGCAAAUGACGUUUGUGAAAGAGAGGCAGAUAUAAGAACUUGUAUAAUACAACCUGAGACUGUGGCCAAGAUAGAGACUGAGGCAACGUCUGGUGCCAUGACGGAUGGUGGGAAAGAUGUCAAUGUUAAGGCAAUGACUGAUGCUGAUGUAACGGAUACCCAGCCUCAAGCUGUAACCAGUGAUCAGACUGAAGCCAUGCCCGAUGCCAAGGUUAAGGGUAAAGGUAAUAAUGCCAGUGCGGUGGCUAAAGCAGGGGCCAAGGCAAACACCAAAACCAAUUUGCAGGCUGAUGCCUUGCCUGAUACUGGGGAUAAAAACAGAAGUGAUAACCAUGUCACGGCUAAGGCAGAGGCUGGUAUAGACAUGGUUUCCAGUACCCAGACUGAGCCUGUGGCUAAGGACAAUGCCAAUACCAUAUGUAAGGAAGGAGCUCAGGCUACGGCCCAGAGCCAAGGUGAAGCCUUACCUAAUACUAAAGGUAAGGCUAGAGGUAAAGCUAAAGCCAAGUGUAAGGCAGCGGCUGGGACAGACACGAAAACGUGUGCACAGCCUCAGGCUGGGACCAAAACCCAAGCUGAGGCCUUGUCUGAUUCCAAGGUUGAUAGCAAAGGGGAUUCUAAUGCCGUUUCUAAAGCAGGGGCAAAGGCAGACCAGAAAGCUUGUGGUCAGCCACAGCCUGUGGUCAAUUGCCAGAAUGAGGCCUUGCCUGGUACUAAGAAUAAGGUCAAGGGCAAUCCGAAUCCUAUGCCUAAGACAGAGGCUGCGACAGCUACAACAAGCUCUGCCCAGACUCAUGUGACCAGUUCCCAGGGUGAGACGGCACCUGGAGCCAAGAAUAAGGCCAAGGGUAAUCGGAAUUCUGUGCCUAAAGCAGGAGCUGGGCCAGAUACAACGGGUUCUGCCCAGUCCCAGACUGUAGCCAAUUCCCACAGUGAGGCCUUACCUGGUGCCAAGAACAAAGUUAAGAGCAAUCCCAAUGUGCCUAAGGCAGAGGCUGGGGUGGGUGCCUCUCCCCAGUCUGUGGCCGUUUCCCAGGGUAUUGCCUUGACUGGGACCAAGACUAAGGUCAAGGGCAAUUCUAGUGCUGUGUCUAAACCAGAUGCUGGGGCAGGUACGGUGGGCUCUGCCCAUGCCAAGACUGUGGCAAAUUCACAGGGUGAGACCUUACCCGGUUCCAAGAAUAAGGUCAAGGGUAAUUCCAAUGUUGUACCUAAGGCAGAAGCUGGGGCAGGUACAACAGAUUCUAGUCAGCCACAGGCUGAGGCCUUGCUUGGUGCCAGAAAUAAGGUCAAGGGUAAUUCCAAUUCUGUGCCUAAGGCAGAGUCUGGGGCAAGUACAAUACUGGCUUUGGCUUCUUCCCAGGCUGAGGCCUUGCUUGGUGCCAGAAAUAAGGUCAGGGGCAGUUCCAACGCUGCGCCUAAGGCAGAGGCUGGGGUGGGUGCAAGGGGGUCUGCUCAGCCCCAGGCUGUGGUCAGUUCUCAGAAUGAAGCCUUGCUUGGUGCCAGGAAUAAGAUCAGGUCCAAUGCUGGUACUAAAUCAGGAGCAAGAACAGGUACAAGGAGCUCUGCUCAGCCCCAGGCUGUGGUCAGUUCUCAGAAUGAAGGUCUAUCCAGUUCACAGGUAGAAGCCGCUGCAGACAGUAGGGUCUAUGCAAAGCCUAUGGUAGGGACGGUACCCACUACUGAAAUGGUGACUGUGGCAGGUGCUCAGCCUAACGUUCAUGAUUAUUACUGGAAUGGCAUUGGUGUUGAGGACUGGAUUGCUGCUGAGCGGUGGAUCAAAUUUAGGUUUCAGACUAUAGAUGGAGACUGGGAGAAUAGUGUAUCCUGGACUGAAGAGGAGAGUGGAGCCGGUAUGGGGACCUGGAGUGGGGCAGCUAAUGACAAGGCUGGCAUUGUUAGCUCCUGGGCUGUGGCUUGUGAUGAAAAUAGCAUUAAGUCCUGGACUGGGGCUAGGACUGAGAAUGAGGUUGCUCUUGGGUCUUGGGUAGGUACUGCUGACCAGGCCAGUGGAGGACUCUGGGCAACAGCUCAGACUAGUGAUGGGACCUGGGUUGGAGACAAGGCCGCUGCAGGUACCUGGACUGGGGCAGAGAACCAGAUCAGUGCAGGUUCUUGGGUUGUCUCUGGAAACCAGGCCAUUGCCGGGCCUUGGGCUGUGAGUCAGGUCACUGAUGGGUCAUGGCCUGCAGUCCAGGCCAGUGGAGUGUCCUGGGUUGUGGACCAGGCUACUGGGACCUGGACUGUGGCUGAGAACCAGACUGGUGCAGUGUCUUGGGCUGGACCUGGCAAUAUAGUUAGUAUUGGAUACUGGACUGGGGCUGUAGAUCAGACUGGUGCAGUGCCCUGGACAGGGACUACUGAUCAGGUUGUUGGUGAUCCUAAGGCCAGUGAAAAGGGGUCUUGGGUUGUAGCUGGUGUCCAAACUAGUGGAGAGUCCAGGUUGGGAUCUGAGGAUCAGUCCAGUGGAAGGUCUUGGACUGAGACUGUAGACCCAGCCAGUGCAGCAUCCAGGCUUGGAACUGUAGAUCCAGCUGGUGGUACAUCCUGGGCUGGAACCGGGGACCAGGCUGGUGGAGGAUCUACGUCAGGGUCUGUAGACCAGUCCAGUAGUGUAUCAUGGGCUGGCACUAGGAAUCUGGCUGGGGAAAGAUCUUGGACUGGGACUGGUGAUCAGUCGAAUGGUGCAGCCAAACCUGGUUUUGAGAAUCAGACCAGUAAUGAAGGGUCUUGGGCUGGCACUGUUGGCCAGCCUAGUGGAGGUUCCAAGUCAGUGUCUGAGGAUCAGUCUGCUGGAAGAUCUUGGGCAGGUUCUGGAGACCAACUCAGUGGAGGGUUCUUGGUUGGGCCUUUAGACCAGGCCAAUGGAGAGUCUCAGCCUGUCUCUGGACAACUGGCUGUUAGUGGAGUAGAUCAGGCUAGUGGAGGAGGAUGCUGGACUGGUUCUGGGGACCAGACUGGUGGAGAAUCUAGGCUGGGUCCCAGGGACCAGUCGAAUGGAGAGGUUUGGCCUGGCACUGGAGAUCAGACCAGUGGAUGGUACUGUACUUACACUGGGACUCAGGCUAUUGGAGGAGCCCCUUGGGUUGGGGUCAGUGGUCAGGAUGUUGGAGGGUCAAAGCCAGUGCACAUGAACCAGUCUAGUGGUGGUACCUGGCUUGGCACUGGGACUCAGGUCAGUGCAGUGUCCUGGACUGGUGAUCAAGUUAGUGGUUGUUCCAAACCUGGAUUUGAGGAUCAGGCCAUUGGAGGAGGAUUCUGGGCUGGUGCUGGGGACCAGACCACUGCAGGGUCCAGGCCAGCUGUGUCUGAGGAUCAGUCUAGUGGAGGAGUUUCCUGGGGUGCUGCUGCUGGUCAUGUUAUUGGAGGUUCUGGAACAUGUCCCACUGAUCAGUCCAGUGGUGGGUCCUGGCCUGGCAUGGGGAGUCAGGUCAGUGGAGGAUCUUGGAUUGGGCCUGUGGAUCAGACUAGUACUAAAUCUGGAUUUGAAGAUCAGACAUGUGGAGGAAGCUCCUGGGCUGGUACUGGGGACCAGACUAGUGGAGAAUCCUGGCCUGGGUCCAGGGCUAGUAAUGAAGCCAGUGGAGGGUCUAGGCUAGAGUCUCAAGACCAGGCUAGUGGAGGGUCCUGGAUUAGGUCUGAGGAUCAGGCCAGUGGACGAUUCCUUGUCAGUGCUGAGGUGGAGGCUAAUGAAGGAUUUUGGUUUGGGCCUGGGAGUGAGGCCUUUAUAGGGUCUUGGUGCUGGACAGAAGAGGCUACUGUUUUGCCUGUAGCUGGGAUGAAAGAUGAGGCCAGUACUGAAUCCACAUCAGGGACUAGGGAAGAAACCAUUGUUAGUUCUGGCUUAGGGGAUGAAAAAAAGGCCAGUACUGAAUCCUGGACCAGAUCUGAAGAGGCAGGUCUUACAGGCACCCAUGCUGGGGGUGAGGCUGAGACUGUGGCUGGAGCUGAGGCUAAAGUUGAGCCUGAAUCUAAGACUAGAGCUGAGGCUGAGGCUGAGGCUGGAGCUGAGACCAAGGUUGAGGCUGAGGUGCGAGUGGAGCCUGGGGCUGAGGCUGGGGCAGCAGCUUCAACUGAUUCUGAAGCUGGAGCUGAGACAGGGGCUAGAGUUGAGGCAGGGGCUGGGGCUGAAGCUGGAAUGGGGCUUUGGGCCCGGAAUGGAGAGGGCACCACUAAAGGGUCUAGGCUUGUAGCUGAGGCUGAGGCUGGAGUUGAGAGAGGAGCAGAGGCUGAAGCUGAGACUGGGAAUAGCAUGGGAUUUUGGUUCUGGAAUGGAGAUGCAGCUACUAAAGGGUCUAAGCUUGGAACGGAGGCUGAGGCUGGAGUUGGGGCAGGGGCAGGGACAGGGACAGGGACAGGGACAGGGGCAGGGGCAGGGGCAGGGGCAGGGGCAGGGGCAGGGGCUCAAGCUGUGGCUGAGACCAGCAUGGGAUUUUGGUUCUGGGAUGGAGAUGGAGCCACUAAAGGGUCUAGGCUUGGGACUGAGGCUGAGGCUGGAGUUGGGGCAGGAGCUCAGGCUGGGGCUGAAGCUGUGGCUGGGACCAGCAUGGAAUUUUGGUCCUGGGAUGGAGAUGAAGCUGCUAAAGGGUCUAGGCUUGGGGCUGGGGCUGAGCCUGGGGCUGGAGUUGGGGCUGAAGCUGGGGCUGAGACCAGUUUGGGGUUUUGGUUUUGGAAUGAAGAUUCAACCACUAAAGGGUCUGGGCUUGGGGCUGAGGCUGGGACUGGCUUAGGGUCUUGGACUUUUUCUACAAAUGUAAAUGAUGGUGAAGAUGAUGAAGAGGAUGAACUAAGUAGAGAAUCCAGCCCUGGUAUUGAAGAGAUCAGUCUAAGAACCCUAUUUGGGGCUGAGAGUGAGGACAGUAAUGAUCUCAGAUCUACAAAUGAAAAAGAUGUCAAUUCUGAAUCUGGGACUGGGGAUAAGGCUGACGACACUAAAGAUCAGUUUAAUGCUGCUAAAGGAGUUGACAUAAGGUCUUGGUUCUAUACUGGUAAUGAAAACAGAUGUGAGGAUGAGUCUUCAUCUCAGGUGAAAGCCAAAAAGCCAAUGGUCCCUGGGGCAGGAAUGGGUGUAUGGGAUGGAACCAUUGUUUGUUCAGAAAGCAAGUUAUUACACAAAACCAGCUUUCCAGGUGAAGAUGGCUUUAGAAGGCAAGGCAAUACUGGAGUCAAGGUGCAUUCCUGCAACUGCCGCUGUAAACGUACUAUUAAUCUGGAUCCACAAGAUCUUGAAAGACUCAUUUGCAUGAUUGAAAUGACUGAAGAUCCUUCUGUUCAUGAAAUAGCCACUAAUGCUCUAUAUAACAGUGCUGAUUAUCCUUAUCCCCAGGAAAUUGAUCGGAAUAUAGGUGGAAUUUCAGUUAUCCAAAGCUUACUGAGCAAUCCCUACCCUAAUGUCCGGCAGAAGGCUUUAAAUGCACUGAAUAACAUCUCAGUUGCUGCUGAAAACCAUAGAAAGGUUAAGACAUAUUUAAGUCAAGUAUGUGAAGAUACUGUCACCUAUCCUUUGAAUUCAAAUGUGCAAGUGGCUGGACUAAGACUGAUAAAGCACCUGACUAUUACUAGUGAAUAUCAGCAUAUGGUUACCAAUUAUAUUUCAGAAUUUCUCCGUUUGUUGGCUCUGGGAAGCGGAGAAACUAAAGACCAUGUUUUAGGAAUGCUUGUGAAUUUCUCUAAAAAUCCAUCUAUGACAAGAGACUUGCUAAUUGCCAAUGCACCAACAGCACUGAUCAACAUUUUUAGCAAGAAAGAAACAAAGGAAAAUAUACUUAAUGCCCUUUUACUUUUUGAAAAUAUAAAUCGUCAUUUUAAAAAAAGAGGGAAAACAUAUCCGCAAGACCGGUUCAGUAAAACUUCCCUUUAUUUCCUGUUUCAACGACCUAAAGCCUGUGCCAAGAAACUUAGAGCCUUAGCAGCAGAUUGUAGUGACCCAGAGGUGAAAGAAAGAGUUGAGGUAUUAAUAAAUAAACUCUGAUCGGCUAUUUGUUUCCCCCAAAGUUUGAGUAACAUUUUCGUUUUACAUCUUGAACAUGAUGCACAUUGUAAAUUGCAUUAGAACUUUAAAACUCAUGUUGCCUGUGAGGAUCUGUAGCUGGACAAUUUUAGAAACACCAAAUAAGUUCAAGCUUGUACUGAAAAUACAUGUGUCAAUUUUUAUCUUGUCUGGAUUGAGAUAUUUUUAGUAUGCUUCAUGAGCAAGAACCAACCGAUUCUUCAUAAGUAAGGUAAUCUUUGGUCCUUUGUGUGGACUUAUGUUUAUACAUUUGAGACUUUAUUUUUAUGUCAUCAAUAAAGUUGUGUGUUUUAAGAA